CAUGAUACAUACUUCAUCUCAUUUUCAGUGAUUUCAUUCUUGUUUUUGAGAUAAGAAACUAGAAAGAGCUCAUAAAUAAAUAUGUUGGGUGUGUUCAGCAGCUCCGUCGUGUCACCGCCGGACGAACUCGUUGCAGCUGGCAGCCGAACUCCGUCGCCGAAGACGACCGCGGCGGCUCUGGUGAAGCGGUUCACUGAGAGCAACGCGUCGACAGUGUUGGUGGAGGCCGGAGAUCAUGUCCAGCUUGCAUAUACUCACCAAAACGAGUCGUCGUUGCAACCCAGAUCGUUUGGUGUAAAGGAUGAGAUAUUUUGCAUGUUUGAGGGAGCUCUUGACAAUUUGGGCAGCCUAAGACAACAGUAUGGACUAGCCAAGUCAGCCAAUGAAGUUGUUUUGGUGAUUGAGGCUUACAAAGCUUUACGUGACAGAGCACCUUAUCCUCCCAAUCAUGUUGUUGGUCAUCUAAGUGGCAGUUUUGCUUUCAUACUUUUUGACAAAUCCACUUCUACCCUCUUUGUGGCCUCUGAUCAAUUUGGUAAGGUGCCUCUAUUUUGGGGAAUAACUGCUGAUGGAUAUGUAGCAUUUGCUGAUGAUAUAGAAUUGCUUAAAGGUGCUUGUGGCAAGUCACUUGCUUCUUUCCCUCAAGGAUGUUUCUACUCAACUGCUGUUGGAGGAUUGAUGUGCUAUGAGAAUCCUAAAAAUAAAAUUACUGCAGUCCCUGCUAAUGAAGAAGAAAUCUGGGGUGCAACUUUCAAGGUGGAAGGUGCAACAGUUCUGGCAGCCAGAGAAUAGAGCUAUUUAUGAGUGAAUGAUUUCUGUAUUGUAAUUAAAUUAAAUUAAAUAGCUUUAGGAGUGUAACGUUUGUUCAUUAGAUGGAUAAGUUACUUUUUUUCUAUCAAUGUAUAGUUACAGUUAUGCUUUUUCGAUCUAAUAAAUCUGUUUGUGAUUGUGAGUUUAAUCGUUAGACUCAUUAAAAGAA